AUGGGUGACUGGAGUUUCUUGGGAAACAUUUUAGAGCAGGUGAACGAGCAAUCCACUGUCAUCGGGAGAGUCUGGCUCACAGUGCUCUUCAUAUUCCGCAUCCUGAUCCUGGGAACAGCUGCUGAGCUAGUGUGGGGAGAUGAACAGUCAGACUUUGUGUGCAACACCCAGCAACCUGGUUGUGAGAAUGUCUGCUAUGAUGAGGCCUUCCCCAUCUCCCACAUCCGGCUGUGGGUCCUGCAGAUCAUUUUCGUGUCCACGCCUUCGCUAAUGUACUUUGGGCAUGCAGUGCACCAUGUCCGCAUGGAGGAGAAAAGGAGAGAGAGGGAGGAAGCUGAGAGGCGUCAGCAAGCUGAGGUGGAUGAAGAAAAGCUGCCCCUGGCUCCCAACCAAAACAAAGGCAAUAACCCUGAUGGGACCAAGAAGUUUCGCCUGGAGGGUACCCUCCUGAGAACCUACAUAUUCCACAUCAUUUUCAAAACCCUCUUUGAGGUAGGAUUCAUAGUGGGUCAGUACUUCCUGUAUGGCUUCCGAAUUCUUCCCCUUUACCGCUGCGGACGCUGGCCCUGUCCCAAUCUUGUGGACUGUUUUGUCUCCAGGCCCACAGAGAAGACCAUCUUUAUCAUGUUCAUGCUGGUGGUGGCUUCCGUGUCCCUCUUCCUCAACCUGGUGGAGAUCAGUCACUUGAUCCUGAAAAGGAUUCGGAAGGCUCUGAGAAGACCAGCAGAGGAACAGCUUGGGGAGGUCCCAGAGAAGCCACUCCAUGCCAUCACAGUCUCCUCCAUCCCAAAGGCCAAAGGCUACAAGCUGCUGGAAGAAGAGAAGCCAGUGUCCCACUAUUUCCCUCUCACAGAAGUAGGGGUGGAGCCCAGUCCUCUUCCAUCAGCCUUCAAUGAGUUUGAGGAGAAGAUUGGGAUGGGACCAUUGGAAGAUCUCUCCAGGGCAUUCGAUGAGAGGUUACCAUCGUAUGCACAAGCAAAGGAACCGGAAGAGGGGAAGGUAAGAGCAGAGGAGGAAGAACAAGGAGAGGAGCAGCCAGCACCUCAGGAAGAGCCAGGGGUGAAGAAAGCAGAGGAGGAGGUGGUGAGCGAUGAAGUGGAAGGGCCUUCAGCACCUGCUGACCUUGCCACUGAUAUGAGACCCCUCAGCAGGCUAAGUAAAGCCAGCAGCCGGGCCAGGUCAGAUGAUUUGACUGUAUGA